AUGGCGACAGGCGCGUUACGGUUUCGAACGCCGCACAUCGAGGAGUUGCCGAUAGCGACGAACCGGCAGGCUCCGGGAUUCACUUAUGUGGCAGUCUCGGGACCUGUCGUCGAUCCAUCGAAAGACUGGGGCACUACGAAUCGAAAACGAUCACGAACGACGGGUCUAAACCAAAGCGAAAGCCAGAAAGAAGCACUCAGCGCCAGACAACAACGCGAAGUCGAGCGAAAGAUCAAGGACUUGAACAGUGACAGCGCAAAGGACGUGCAGAUACCUAUACCGAAGAAGUCCCAGAGCACGGGAGGCUUGCAUCGAGCUGGAAAGACACCAGGCACGAAGAAGAUCCUAGCCAGCGGGAAGACCUUUGCGCAUUAUCUGGACGAUGAAGAAGCAGAGAUCGCGAGGACAGGACGACGAGAUGGCGAUGUCGAGCCACAAGCUACGGCUACACACAGAGCGAGCAAAACACCCCUCGCACGACGGAAACCACAACGAGAAGAAAGCAGUAUGAGCGGAAGUCCGGCUCCGUCUGGUCCAGCGCCGCCAGCACUUCUACAACAACAAUCCACAUCAGCCCUGACCGAAACCUUCCUGAUGGAUGUCGAAACGGACGAGACAGACUCCAGCAUUCCGCCUCUCCCCUCCCAAGCCGAGAUGGACGCACUCCUAAACGCCCCACCAUUGACCUACAACCAAGCACGAUCCGCGCCUCCACCCGCCAGCGCACCGCCGCCGAGGAAGUUCUGCGAGAUUUGUGGGUAUUGGGGAAGAGUCAAGUGUAUGAAGUGCGGGAACAUGACGUGCAGCGUGCAUUGUAAGGAUACGCAUGAUGAGCAUAAGUGUUUGAAGUUCUAUGCUUGA